UGCAGCUAGUUGUUGAUAGUUUUUUUGUGUGUGUGUGUGUGUGUGUCUCUGCUGGACUUUCAGCAUUUGGACGAGUUGGCUGUUAUCAUGGUUCCUUCUGUGGAAGAGGUUUCCUCGUCUCUAGUGCGGGAAUACCUGAGCAGGAAGGGCCUGAGAAGGACCAUCGCCUGUAUGGAUGAGGAACAUCCACGCACUCAGGCCAGUAUAAACAACCGAUCAUUGUUGAAGCAGUUGCUAAACAUUGAAGAUCUCUACAGAAAAAAUAAGGUUCAGAAAUCGCCUUUGAAAACAUUAUUGGAAAUCAUUGUGAAGCAUCACAUUGAACGGUUGCACCAUGAAAAGAUCACCACAGGAGAUUGUGAGCAGAUAGACCAAACUACUGGCUCAGCAUCCGAUUGCCCUCCAGGAACACCAUCAAUUAUAAAUGAAACAAAGGCAAAAGACAUGACACCAGCGUUUUGUAUGACAAAAUACACAGAAACCAGGUCUGAAGUAAAAGAAAAGUGCAAUAUUCAGGUGACAAAUCCAUCAAUGACUUCUAAGAAAGACAGACCUGCUGCAUUGAAUUCAAAUACUUUCUUAAUUAACAAAACAGACAAUCAGGAAGUCCAGUCACUAGUGCCUUCUAAGCAGGAGGACUUUUCCAAAAGAGAGGCACGGGGAGACGGUUUAAUCGAUGGGGUCGCCCAGAGAAGAAAAACCGGUCAUAUCAGACGAGGCUUAAUGGCUGGACCAGUACCUAAGGAAACAAAUAGAAAAAGGCAGAGUCAGACAGUCGAAUUGGCCCAGCCAAUACUCUGCGUGGAAAAGGGAAACCUAGAAUCCUUAGUUGGACCUCAGCUGGCUUUCAAAAACACAUCUGGCGGGGGUGAAGAAAAUCUAGAUGUCAACUUAACAGAGGAAAACCUGGAUGAAAAGAACUACAGAAGAAAAGGACAAAGCACAGGGAAUGAGAUAAAGAUGAAGACCAGACCGAAUGUCCAUGAACUAAAUGUGUCAGAGAUGGUGUUAGAUGAUAUUGAUGAUGUUGAUCUGCCAGAAGUGUCCCUUCAGGCGCCUGUUCUAAAGUGUAGCUUUGUAGGCUGCCCAAUGGACCAGCACACUGCCAUGGAAUUGAAAACAGUUCUCCUUGGUUCCAGCUUGAGUUCUUUCAGUGCUGAGUGGAUAAAUCAGGGUUUUGCAUUUUCGAACACACGUGAGCUCAGAUAUGGCAUUGUGCAGAAAAAGGGUGGUCCCUGUGGAGUUCUAGCAACGAUUCAAGCAUUUUUUCUGAAGAAGCUUCUAUUUGAACACACUGAUAACAGCAGCAACAUCCUUCUGAGCCUGAGACCUUCCAACAGUACCAGAAGACAGUGUCUUGUUUUAGCUCUGGCUGAAGUGUUGUGGCGGGCUGGGGAGGAACAAAAAGCAGUAGUUGUAAUAAGUUCAGGAAGAAGCCAUUUCACCCCAGUUGGACAGUACAGAUCUGAAAGACUGCUUGAUAAGAUGAUGUGGUUCUCUGUGGACAACAUCAACGAUCUGCAGGUCAUUCUGGAACAGCACAUUGAGCAGUAUGAAACCGAGGUCUUAGGAUGCAUUCUUCUGACCAUCUCGGCUGUUCUCUCUCGAUCCAUUGAAAAAGUGAGAGAGGAUAUGGACCUCCAUACAACUACGCUAAUAGGAGCUCAUGGCUACUGCACUCAGGAGUUGGUCAACCUGCUGCUCUGUGGCAGAGCGGUUUCUAAUGUGUUUGAUAAUGACAUAGAGCUCGACUCGGGAAACGGCAACAUGACUCUGCUUAAGGGAAUAAAGGACCACUGCCAAGUCGGCCUUCUGUCCUUGUUUGAACAUUAUAAUAUCUGUCAGGUGGGAAAUCAUCUGAAGUCUCCCUCCUACCCUGUGUGGGUGGUGUGCAGUGAAAGCCACUUCAGUGUGCUGUUCGGCCUGCAGAGGGAGCUGUUGAUCAGUCAGAAGGAAGAACUGGAGUUUGACCUGUACUAUUAUGAUGGGCUGGCCAAUCAGCAGGAGGAAAUCCGCCUCACUGUUUCUGUUGGCAAAUUGAGUCAGAACUUUCAAGAAAUUGAUGCUGAUCUCAUUCCUCCACUUGAGCUCUGCAUCAGAACCAGGUGGAAAGAUGCAUUAGUCAACUGGAAUGAGACCGAACCACUUCUCUGAGAAAUGCUGUUAGUUUAUGACAAAUUAUUAAAGAUAUCUUUUAGCUUUUAUUUAACUUUUAUCUUUAAUAGCCUCUUUCCUUUGUUAAAAAAAAAAAACAGGCUUAAGAGAAUAACAUCAUGAACAUAAGGAAAUAAGUUGGGUAGAAGUUAGUGUCGUGAAAAA